UUGCAGCUUAUAUAAUGAGGGCCAGUCCUGCAUCCUACAGGGGUGAUUGUGCCUAAAGUUUCCCCUAGCAUAAUGAUUUUGGAGCUUGCCUGCUUCUAAUUGGACUCCAAACACACAGAUUGUCUCACCACCUUGACAAGGCCAAUUGUGCUAGCCCUAUGACAUAGCCUGACAUAGAAGUCAAAUGGCACAUCCACAUGUAGGCAAAGACUUUGACCAUCUCCUCAAGUUGCUCAUCAUUGGAGACAGUGGAGUUGGGAAGAGUUCCCUCCUGAUUCGUUUUGCCGACAAUACUUUUAUGGGAAGCUACAUCACAACCAUUGGAGUGGACUUCAAGAUACGGACAGUUGAACUCGAUGGGGAACGCAUCAAGCUGCAGAUUUGGGACACAGCUGGACAGGAACGUUUUCGAACUAUCACUUCCACGUAUUACAGAGGAACUCAUGGGGUCAUCAUCGUGUAUGAUGUCACAGAUGGAGAAUCAUUUGCCAAUGUGAAGCGGUGGCUCCAUGAAAUUGACCAAAACUGUGAUACUGUUUGCAGGAUAUUGGUGGGGAACAAGAAUGAUGACCCAAGUCGCAAGGUCGUGAUGAGGGAGGAUGCACUGAGGUUUGCGGAACAGAUGGAGAUACAGAUGUUUGAGACCUCUGCCAAGGACAACAUCAAUGUUGAAGAAAUGUUCAAUGCCAUCACAAGACAAGCAGUGGCAACAAAGAAGAGCCAAUUGCUCAUUCAGGCCCAGCAGGGUGGAGAUGUGUUGCAGUUGACCAGUGGGAUGAUGAAUCCAUUGCGUUCUUCUUGUUUGCUCCGUCUUGUGCAGAGGCAUGAUUCUCCAAUUGCACGAGGCUUCCGAGCCCUGGCACAGCUGCCUGAAGAGAUAGCAAUGCUGAAGAAGACAUGCCGAGACUUUGCAGAUGGGGAACUGAAGCCUAUUGCUGGUACUCUUGACAAGGAAAGCCGUUAUCCCAAGGAACAGAUUAAGAAGAUGGGUGAGCUUGGCUUGAUGGCAAUUGAAGUACCACCAAACCUUGGUGGGGCUGGUCUGAAUAGCCUCGCAUACGUAGUUGCCAUGGAGGAGAUCUCCCGAGGCUGUGCCUCCACAGGGAUCAUCAUGAGUGUGAACAAUUCCCUCUUCCUUGCCCCAAUCCUCAAGUAUGGGACCAAGGUCCAGUGCCACCAUUGGGUGCCCCAGUAUGUUGAUGGGUCCCGGGUGGGUAGCUUUGCUCUCAGCGAGCCUGGCAACGGCAGUGAUGCAGGUGCUGCAUCCACAACAGCGAAACACAGAGGUGAGAACUUUGUCCUCAAUGGGACAAAGGCAUGGACCACCAAUGGGUAUGAGGCAGAGGCCACUAUUAUCUUUGCCACGACUGACCGGCACAAAAAGCACAAAGGCAUUAGUGCCUUCAUCACUGCCUUACCAAUGAAAGGUCUGGCCUUGGGGAAGAAGGAAGAGAAGCUGGGGAUCAAAGCCUCAUCAACCUGCAACCUGAUCUUGGAGGACUGUGAAAUCCCCAAGGAGAAUGUCUUGGGAGAUCUUGGGAUGGGCUUCAAGAUUGCCAUGGACACUCUUGAUGGAGGUAGAAUCGGAGUAGCAGCCCAGGCCUUGGGUAUUGGCCAGGCGGCCCUUGAAGUAGCUAUUGACUACUCAGGGAAGCGACAGGCCUUUGGGAUGCCCAUCGGAAAGAUCCAAGCCAUCCAGAACAAAUUGGCAGACAUGGAGGUGAGGAUGGAGUCAGCACGACUUCUGACUUACAAGGCUGCCAUGCGCAAGGAUGAAGGCCUUCCUUAUACUAAGGAAGCUGCAAUGGCGAAGCUGGCAGCCUCUGAGGCAGCAACAUUCAUCUCACACCAGGCAAUGCAGAUCCUGGGUGGGAUGGGCUAUGUGACAGACAUGCCAGCAGAGCGACACUACCGCGACGCUCGCAUCACUGAGAUCUACGAGGGCACCUCAGAAAUCCAGCGCCUUGUCAUUGCCAAUUGCCUCCUGAGGGAAUAUGAGGAGGUGUUCCCUCGGGAGCUCCAGACAUACCCGGUGCCCCUGGUGGGGUUUGUGGGCCUGGACCUGGCAGCAGACCCCAUCCACAAGGCAGUGUGGGACGUGUUUGCCUUGCGAAACGACUCCUCUCCUAUUAAUGUUGUCCUAUUCACCACCCAGCAUGAAUUCCCCAAGCCCAAACCCAAGGCGAAUUAUGAUCGAUACAUUCCACGAGGGAUCCUGAAGCGAGGCUGGUUGCAGAAGCACAUGAACCUCAUCCCAUCAGUGGUGAUGAUCUUUGUUGAUUUGGAUCUCACAGGACCCAACUGGACCCAAGGCAGGGACACCUGCCAGAAGGCAGUCCAGAACAUCAGGGUAUCAUUGAUGGGCCAUGACACGAGCCUGGGCUUGGUCCUUCUGCACAGAGGGGCUGCAUUGUCAGCAGCCGAGGAACUGACCCGGCAGGAGCGCACAGCCACUCUCUGCUCCCUGUGCAAUCUCCCUAACCGCAGCAUAUUUGUCCUCAACACAGCUGAUCAUUUGAGGGAACAGGUUCUCUGCAUCCAACCUGGGAUAUUUGAGAUGGCAGGGACAUACUACCAGUGGCUGGCUCGGCGGAUCAAGUCGCACCGGGAGGGACUCCAUGAUACCACCCACCAGCUCCUCUUUGUCCGUCACCCAUUCAAGAUGGCCUUCUUCCAUGAGAUCAAGCAGGAUCUUCCUGGUGCCCUGAAGCUGUACAACCAAGCAUAUACAAACCUGGGAAAGGUGGUAGUGUCAGAGGGGAACGUGCAUGAGGUGAAGACGGUGGCCGGUUUCAUAUCGUACAAGAUCUCCCAGCUCCAGUUCCGCAAGCACCUGCCCACGCCGGCCAUCCAGCAGUUCAAGAAGCAUGUGGAAUCCUAUGCAGACAAGAUUGGCCCACCAGACCUUGCCUUCCAGCACAGUGCUUGGAUGAGCCAGCAGUACAGCCUUUUUGCAGAGCUGUUUGAACAGGCAAUCAUGAGUGGCCUCCCAGCAAUUCAGACCCAGCAUCCUGGAUUCUACUACCAGCUGGCAGCCAACCAAGCCAUCCUGCGGCGACGGCAGGCUUUUGACAUGGCCAGGAUGGUGGAGCAGCCAGAGCCAGACGUGUUGCUGAGCGAGGCACAGUUGGAAUUUUGGGGCCAGCGACCCUGGAUCCAUGCCUUGCAGCAGUAUCCCUCACUCAACGUAGAGGCCCUUGCCCUUGCUGCCCUCCAAUGGCGUGAGAAGCAACUCAACCACUCGAAACGGAUAGUACACCUGUUGAGCAAUGCGAUUGCCCAGUUCAAGAAGUACAAUUCCCCCCGCAUGAAGCGACAGCUCAUGGUUCAGAUGGCAGAGGAGUCAUAUAACAGCCGGGAGUUUGACAAGGCAUUGACGUUGAUCAAGCAUGUGCUCUGGGAGUACCGGCUGGAGGGGUGGUGGAGCCUCCUGACUUCCUCCCUCCAGUUGGGGCUGCUGUACUCAUAUGUGACAGCUUCCCCAGAGGACUACGUUGCAUUCCUCCUGGAGCUCCUCUGCCCCCGUUCCACGAUCACCCUCGACAACCGCCGUCUUCUGCACAACAAACUCAUCCAGGUCAUCCAUGGGAACCCUGCCAUACCAGAAGGGAUGCUGCCAAGUGAAGUGUGUGGGGUGGCAAUGGAACUCUGGGCAGAGCGGUCCAAACACCCACAGGUGAUUGAAAUUGACAUGUCUACCAUGACUGGGAUGGUGGAAUGCCUUGCUGGCUUCACUGCCCCCAGGUUCACCCUUGAUUGCAAGCUCUCUCUCCAGCUCCAUCUCAGGAAUCACGCACCAGAGCUGAUGGAAGUGCGCAAGGUGGAGAUGCUGUUCAGCUGUUCGAGGUAUGAUCAAGUCCUUUCCGAUGGAACCCCAGUGAUGUUAGAACCUGGAAUGAAGAAGACAAUUACUCUGGAAUUCUUUCCUUUUGUGGAAUCUCUCAACACUAAUGUCAGAGUAGAAGGUGUGAGACUGUGGAUGGGAGAAUGGCUUGCCCUGAAAUGGACCAUGGACCCCCCAAACUCGAUCCCAUGUCAGUCUGAGAUCCACCCAGAGCUUGAGGAGUGGAGGUACAAACGUGAUGUGAAUGACCUGAAGAUGUUGGAGGUGUUCAGGACAACAUCAGUGGAGGCUCGGACAGCAUUGGUUUCACUGGUGAUGGAACACAACCCACCCAUCCUGAUGGGAGAGUGGUAUCCUGUUAAGUUGCAGCUGCAGAGCGAAGAGCCGGCGACUGUACGCAAUCUCCACCUCUCCCUGUCCCGCCUCUCAGAUGCUGAGGACCAGUUCUCUGCCUUGUCUCUGGUGUGGGGGAAGCCAAAAGAGGAGAGUGGUGAGCUGCAGCUGGAGCCAAUGAGCUUGGAGGACUUGGCUCCUGGUGCCUCCAUAGAAAUUGUUGCCCACAUACGUGCCUUCCAGGAAGGGCUCUUCUCUCUCUGUGCUCAGGUGUCAUACGAGGUGACGCUUGAGCGAGAAGGUGAGCCCUUCACGUAUGCUUGUGGCUCAAAGUGCAAGGUGGAGGUGCAGAGCGUCCCAUGCCUGUCAGUGGCAGUGCAGAGCUUGUCCCCGGGGAUGGAGGAGGUCUCACAUUUGCACGUUGGGGAACUCACUCUCUUCCUCCUCCACCUCACCAACAUGUCCCCAUUCCCUCUCCGCCUUGGCAGAACGGAGUCCAAACUGAACCGGAGGGCAUUUACAAAGGAGUCUGUGGGGCGAGAGCAGCUAGAGGGAGUGGUGAUUGGACCAAAGGAAGUGGCAUCAGAGAUCAUCCCUGUCACCCCCAGCAUACCUGCCGACAACCCCACACCCAUGGGCACGCACACCAUUUUCUGGAACAGGUUGAGUGGGGAAGACCUACCACCAAGCUCUUGGGUGCUGAGUCUGGAAGCUCCACCUGUGAAGGGUUCUGUGAUCCAUGUGGAAGCAGAGCUCCCAACCUAUGGUCUUGUGCGCACCCCAUUCACCAUCUCCUACACCCUGGCCAACCCGGGGGAGUCCGUGCUCGAGGUCACCAUCUCGGCUGAUGCCUCCGAAGCCUUCAUGUUUGCCGGCCACAAGCAGCUCAGCUUCGAGAUUUCGGGUCCAACUACAUUGGAGUUGUUGGAAGAGGUGGUCGUCGCCGCCAGCCUGUUUCCCCCUUCGUUGUGA